AUGGUGUUAUUUGUAUCUUGUCCAACUUCUUCCCUGGUGUCUUCAACAAACACAACAACAACGUGUAAUAAUGAUUUUAACGAUGAUGAACGAGGAUCGUUUCAUCGGAAGUCCGAGCCGAUUUCGGUUAGGUUAGUUGAUCGAAAACCUUUAAAAAAAAUUCGAGGCAACUAAAUUCCAAAAUUUCAGUCGAAACCGGUGUUGCGACGAUGUGAACUACAACGCGCAUCCGCUGGAGCGACUCGCAUCUCCGCUCGCCACGUCAGCCGAGUCUGUCGACUCCAUCAAGUCGAGUUGUUCGUCGCGAUCAUCAGCUGAACGCGAGCAUGAACGCGCUCAACGUCGUCAAUUGCUCGAUGUUGGGUUGGGCAAAUUGCGUGCGCAAUCUAACAUGCCGAUGCGCAAGCAUUUGCUCGUCUUCAACACUGUCAAGGCGCUUCAGGUGAGACAACAUUUUCUUUCUAGGAAUUUAUUUUGAGACCAACCGUAUUGUUUACAGCGUGAUCUGGACAUGUUGGACGAUGAAGAUCUGUAUUGCUCUCUGUUGGGUAUGUCGAACGAGACAACGGGUAACAACAACAACAAUAAUUUCUCCAAUCAAAUGAUUGGUGGUGCGAUGGCGGAUGACAUGGAAAUUGACGAGUUCAAUUGGCUUCCGAAACGUGUCGUCAGCACUCCGAUUGGCGCACCUCUGAAGCGAGAGGAGCACCGAUCGAAUCAACACGACACCGCUGUCGCUACUCAAAUCAACAACUCGGUGUCGAACUCCAUCAUCUCAACAUCAUUGAGUGGUGAGUUUUCUCUAAAUUAUAGUUGAAAAUUUUCUUGAAACACAAUGGUCCAAAAAAAUAUGCUUUGGGUUAUGGCAAAAUCUAUUUUCAAGUGUUUUUUUAUAUUUAGAAAUUUGAAUCACUAUAUUUUCUGACUAUAAUUUUCAAAUCUAGAUCAUAUCAAUUCAGGUUUUACCUGUUCAAUUUAUUUUAAUCUACAAAAAAUUCAUUCAAAAUUCAAUUGAGCCUAUAUUUCCUAUGAAUACGACCCGUCAAUUCAGCCCACAUCACUUUUAUUUUUUUUACAAUUAAUGACGUCAAUAACCACUAAAAAGGAGAAAAAUAAUUGUGUUUUUUUCUCCUUUUUGCGUUGUGUGGGUGGCCUCUAGUUCUCUUUCUAUGUUUUAUCCCUCGCCGCCCAAUUAAUCCAUGGUUUUUCUCUUUGCAGACGACGACGAAUUCGAAUUGGAGAUGGAAACUGAGACGGCGACCUGGUCGUGGACAAGUCAAUCAUCGAUUUUCGAAUCGAUUCACAACAAAAUCGACAAAGAUGAAUCGAUGUUCAGCUGGUCGUCCCCGCUGUUGAGCUCUGCGAGCUCCGGCGCCGAAUUCGGUUGGAACGACUCCUCGCCAGCCUCGCCACCAUCAUUCAAUUUGUGGGGCUCGGAUCCGUUCGGUGUUGCUCGUUUCGAUUUUCAACACUUGUUCCCAUCUCAAUUACUCCUCCAAGCAUAA